CUGACUCAGACAGAAACAGUGGAGAGAACAAGUAUUGACUACUACAAAGGAAUACAACAAACAGCCCUUUGGGAUACAUUAUGACCAGUGCUAUGUUUCUUGCAAUCCAGCAUAAUUGUGGACAAGUAGAACGCCCAACAAUUGGGAACUGCCAGAAAAACGAAGAGAAAAGAGGAAAAAUGAAGAAAACUAUUUUAAAAGAUUGGAAGACACGUCUGAGUUAUUUCCUGCAAAAUUCCCAGAACACAACUAAUGGAUCUCCAAAAAAUGUUCCAGGCAAAAAAAACAAAAAGCAAACUUAUUGCAGACCAACUCCUGAAGAGGCUUUGGCAUGGUCAUGCACGUUUGAUGAUCUUCUGGCUAACAAAUAUGGUGUAGCUGCAUUCAGGGCAUUUCUGAAGUCUGAAUUUAGUGAAGAGAAUAUUGAGUUCUGGUUGGCUUGCGAAGAUUUUAAGAAGACCAAGUCCCCUCAUAAGCUGACAACAAAAGCCAAGAAGAUUUAUGAUGAAUUCAUAGAAAAGGAAGCUCCAAAAGAGAUCAACAUAGAUUUCCAGACAAGAGAGGCUAUCACCCUUACUCUCCAGGAGCCUUCACGCACUUGUUUUGGUGCAGCACAGAAAAGAGUAUAUAGCUUAAUGGAAAACAAUUCAUAUCCACGUUUCCUAGAAUCCGAAUUUUACCAGGAGCUAUGUAAACCCAUGCCACAGAUCACAAGAGAGUCACAGGCAACAUGAAUACUCUAAAGAAGAGAAGUGAAUGACAACCACAAGUUCUUCAAAGUCUAUAGGAGAAAAGCCUCCUUAGAUACUUAAAGUCUUUGACCUUAAAGACUAUAGUUCAGAUAUUGCUACAUCUGAUUUGAGAAUCUGUUAGAUCAGAGAAUGGUACGGUGUAGCUUUGAGAAGUGAAUACAGAAAGGAAAAAGACUGAUUAGAGCGUUGGGUAGCCACUGCAGGCAGCUUGGAAAACACAGAUACAAAGACUAUGUUUUAAGUUCAGGCACUUUAAUAUGCCUCUGGAGAUAAUGCGAUUUUGUUACUAUAGUCUCUAUUUUGAUUUGAUAUCACCUACAAAAUAGUCAAAUGUUUAUAAAUAUUAAAUCCCAAUGAUUUUGUUUAUAAUUGGUAGAAGUUUACCAAUCAAAUGUGAUAAAAACACAUAUCUAAAUAACCACUGUAUACCUAGAAUUUCUACCAUAUGUUUACAAAGGUUUAAAACAAUCUUGUCAUACAAAAAUGUAUCUUUUAUGAUUCAUUGGGCUACUGAAAAUGAGUAAUCAUUGCUUUGAAUUGAAAAUGGGGUAUCUGAUAUAGGAGUCGUGAAAUCUUACUAUAAUUUAGGUCAUGUUCAAUGUAAAUGAAGAAUUAUCUUUUAUUGUCCUUAAUCUCACAGUUCCUGGUGUGUGAAUUGUCUUAUGUCAUUUCAGAGAAGUGCUACUCUUGUUCAGUUACAUUAAGAUAUAUAGAAAACCUGAUUGUAAUAUGUUUCUUGUACAACAAUGUUACAUAUGUUUACUGUAGCAAAUCCACUCUGUAUAUUUAUUAUAUAGGUUUUGGGUAAUGCAGUGAGUGUAUAUAAGGUAAAUAUUGGUAAACACUGCAUUUGGGGUAUAUAUUUGGAUACACUGCACUGCCUAGAUGGCAGAAUAACUUCAGUGAAGUUGUUAUAUAUUGAUUUAUUAUUAUAAAUAAAUUAUUUUCUUAUUA